GUCCGUAUCAUCUUUGAGACUUAUAAUAAUAUCGACCAUCAUUUCUUAAAGAUGAGUGGAAAUUGCAUAAAUGGAACUGCCUUUAGCUCAUUUUCCCUAAUAUUGCUGUCAAUAGUCCAAUCUACAAGACUUGUGAGGGACUAAAAUUCCAGUACAGUUUGAAUUUCUUUGAACCACAUCAGAUUUUUUCAAAAUUGAAAAAGCCUAAACAAUGAUAAAUUCAAUCAAUUUCUAUGUAAAUUUAUGUAUAUAGUAUAUUGAUGUACUUUCUGAUGGAAGUGAUGAUGAUGAGGUGGAACAAAUUGAUGAUGAUGAUUUUGAAAUGGAUCUGAAAACCCUAAAACAGUAAAAACACACAUCAGCUUUUGGAACUCGAGAAAUUACCGUUUGCUUCGUUGAAUAAAGAUUUUCAAUUGGGGAGGUGAUUUUUUGGAGAUUGAGGAACCAAAUUGUGUUAAGUACUACUUGUAUAUUCGUGAAGAACUUAACCCUUUAGAACUUAUUGAAAACUCUUUGAUCAUCAGAGGAAUUGGGAAUCCUUUGUAUUUGUAUUAUUUUUAAAAUGCAUGCCAGGCAUCGGAGUCCGGUAGGUGGGUAUAAGUCUAAUUCAAUGGGAAUGGGUGGUGUGGCAACUGCCUCACGGGUUUCACCCGAUGGAUCAGUGAGAGGUCGUGGAUUGCAUAACUCGGAGUACAGAAACUAUAACCGAGGUGGAUUUGGGCGUGGUCAGUCGAGGCAGUUUGCGUUUCAGCAGCCUUCACAUGGAAAUGACAUUUUCAUGGAAGCUGGAAAGUUAGCAGCUGAGUACCUUGUUUCCAAAGGUCUGCUUCCACCGAAUGCUCUUUCAGGGAAAUUGCCUAAUGGUAGCUUAAAGAGCCCAAUUGGGAAUUUUCAGGGAUUUAAGCCACAAGAUAUUGAUGAAGGUCGGACAUCAACUCUUUCACGUGUUGAGAGUGAUGUGGGGCCUGGUAGGAGAAGGUUUUCUGAUGAAUAUGACAGAAAUUAUAUGAGAGGAAGGAGAAGAAGCGAGUCCUUUCGAAGUUACAACUCUGAAUUCAAUCGAGAAUUGCAAAGGAGUGGGUCGUCAGAUAGAGCCAGGGCCAACCCCGAUGUGAAUGGUCUAGAUGACGCUUUACCACGUGAUAGAGAUGAACAACAAGUGGCUAAAGAUAGUAAUGGGAUGUUACCUAGUUUCGUUCCCGGUAAACAAAACCCAGAUAUAGAGAGUGCCGGGGAGUCGAUGAGCAGUGAUCCAAAACCUGCCUUGGGAGAUUCUGGUAAAGAGACAAGUACCAUCAACACUGGAAAUGAUCUCCCAUUAGAUGGUCAACCCGAACAAAAGAAGUCUGAAGACAUUGAAAUGUCGAAAAUAGAAGUUGAUCCUGUUAAUCUUGCCAACAGUAGUGAUGCGUUGGAGAAAAUAGCUGGUAACGAGGAUAUAGAAGUCAAGUUGUUCAGCAAAGAACAUAACGAGACCAGCAUGACUGGUAACAAUUUACUUAGCUUAUGUAGGUUUGGAAAUGUUCCCACGAGAACACGUUCUGCCUUGGCAAACAGAGAUUUGAUGGUUGAUGAGGAUGCUCAUGAGGUCGGGCUCCCUAAAGAAACUGAAGUGCAUUCCCAAGACAUCACCAUUGAUGUUUCCCCUGGUGUCAUUUUAUCAGAUCAAAGACAUGAUGCAAAAAGCCUUGAUUCUGACAAAUUGAAACCGCCGCCGACCGAGGAAGAAUCACGUCUUACUUAUGCCAUUAAACAGUUAAAUGAGGCAAGUUCCUCAUCCUUUCCUGGAAAUACGUUGAAGGAGGAAGAGAAAAUAGCGGGGCUAAGUGAAAUUGGAAGUCGCAGUUCUAUAGCAACGGGAAGAGGUGAGAAACGAGAAUUGGACGACGGUGAUGAUUGUAAGGGAGGAACUAAGAGACCUAGAGAAUUGACUUCAUUAACAAGUACUUUCUCAGAUGUCUUUCUGUACCAUUCUAAUUCAAUGGAAAAGCAGCAAACUUCACAGGAACCAAGGAGAUCACAUAGCGAGCCAUUAAUGUUUCCAUCUGAGGAGAAGAGAUCGGUAAACAUUUCCAUGAUACCCGAGAGUGAUGUGAGGCUGGGCAGUGACUUCACGGAGAAGCAACUUUUACCCAGUUCCUUUAAGGCUUUUGAUCUCAAUCUUAUGGAAACUUCUGAUGUGAAUGAGAAUCAUGAUGCUGAUCCUGUUCACAUCUACCCAGUGGUUACUGAAGGUGUAAAACAAGAAGCACCAGUUGAUAUUCAUCUGACCAUGAGUAGUAACUCUGAUAUGACAAGUCACUAUGCUAGAUCUAGCUUUGAUGGGCGAAAUGUUGAGGUAAUUGAUUUGGAAAAUGAUUCUGAACAAGAAGAGAAGACUUUCAAUAACCCUGAGAGAAGGUCUGAAGUUGAAUUCACUGGAACAGAUGGUUUUUCUAAUAAUGCACAUAGUACCAACAACAUACCCCAUGCUCAGGAUGGUUAUGGACUUAUGAUUUCCGAAUUACUUGGGAAUGAUAUAGGAAAUUGUUCUCCUCUACCAGGAGAUAUGAAUUCUUUGCACAAUGAUAUGGGCCUCCAUAAUGGAGAGGGCAUGCUUGGUGACGAUGAUUCAAUAUAUAUGUCCUUGGGAGAAAUUCCGAUAAGCUUUUUGUCGCCCUGGGAGCAGCCGCCGCAAGAAUUUGGAAAGCCAUUUUGAGAUGCUACUAUCCAGGUUUUCUUGAGAUGUAUUUAGUUUGAGAACCAAGAAAUCCCAAGGGUCAACGGCGCACGGUUCGAAACUCGGUGGGAAAUGGGCUUGCUCUCUACCGAUUCCACUUAAAUUCUAGGCUUUUGUCUGUGGCAAGUCUCGAACCUGUGACGUGUGCCUAACCCACACAUCACACGCUGCACUCUUACUACUAGAUCAAAUCCCUCGGGCUGAUGUAUUAUCAUAAUGUUUUCUUUAUGUGGGCUGAUGUAUUAUCAUAAUGUUUUCUUUAUGUCUAAUAUCAGUUGUCAAAAGUCAAAACGAGCUCUUUAAUAGUGCAACUUUGUAGCAUUGUAUGCCUUACGCAAAAUCUUGCUUGUCUCUAGCAGAUGAAGUAUUCCUUUCCCCUCCUCUUCCUUUUGUUGGAAGUUAGGCAACUGUGUGGUUUUUUGUAACUCAUUUUCUGUUUCACCUCUUGGUUGAAUUGGAAAAAGUUUCUACUUUGUUGAAAGCUUAAUGGUCAACCACUUCCUUUA